AUGCGUGAACCGAUGACAUUGGUAGAACAAUCAAAUGCUUUUAGCACAACAAAUCGCCAACGAGUCCCUCUUAAUUUUGUACAACGGUCUCGUCCCGUUUAUUCUGCUCUCGAUAGUAAUGAUGAACGUAGCUUGGAAUUAAAGACUCUUUCGGUCGAUGUUUAUACUAGUAAACAUCUAGUAGCAACCGGCAAAUCGAUCAUACCAUACACCGGACGUCAGCGUUUAGACGAAAUCAUCUUACCAGCAAUUGAGAAAGAUAUUCAUCACGAUGAACAUCAUUAUCGGCCAAAGAAAAAACGUCCCGCUUAUCGUAAAUCACUCUUUCAUCCAGUUGCAUCUAAUUUAAAUCAAACUGACUUCACUCAAUUGACUGCUCGUGGCGUAAAACCAGAAUUUCAAACAGUAACGCCAAUAAUCAAUGACGAGGAUUCAAUGAAUAAUUAUAAACUUCAUUAUGCUCCACCACCAAGUCCAUCCGAUGAUGAAAUUGAGCAACUAUUGUGUAAGCUAGAUGCAAUAAACACAUCACCUUCACCUUCACGACUAUCAUAUAAAGAGAAGGACGGAUGUAUACCAUUCCGACUGCCAACACUCUAUCGAUCAUCACAAUCUCGUCGUUUAUUGCCGAUUUCAUCAUCCAAAGAUGUUAGAUCAACUCUAUCACAUUAUCUUCGAAAAUAUUACUAA